GGUAAACUAGCCUCCGCAGUGCUUCCCGACCGGACGAUCCUUCUUCCUCUCCUCGCCCUCCUCAAUGAGCCGAGAUAUAUGGUCCAAUGUCCCCGAAUCGUCUACCGUGCCUACAUUCCACUCCAAGGUGCUGAAAGAUAAGGAAAGGCGCCUGUCAUCUAAAACUGACACUUCCAAGAGCUCCCUGAUCUCCUCACUGGGUCAACUGAAAACUGCUCAGCCCAAGACAGUGCACGUUUUCAACAACCAGACAACGCCGGUGGCCAGCACCAAAAAGAGGCACAAACUAGCGAUCAUGAAGGAAGCCCUACAGACCUUGGAACGAACUAGGCUGGAAACACGGGAGCAGUCGUCACAGAUCUCCCAGGAGUCGUUUGACCUACAGCGAGACAUCCUACUGCAGGCUGGCAGCCAGGACAAAUUGGUCUUUGGAGAUGAAGUGGAAACGUCUCAACCGAAAGCACAGCCCUCUGACGUCUACCCGGUUCUGUGCCAUCCUCAAAACGGGUACAACAAAGGGCGGACAGUUUCGCCGGUAGAAAUCGGUUCCUAUAAAGGGCAGCUUUCAGAAAUAAAAGCCCAGAGGGAUAAUACAACAGACAUAUCUGGGGAUGCAAACACCCCUCCAGUGUGUAUGGUCACCCUUAAAUGUCCCUCCUCGAUUAGAACAGACCUGGUUCUGGCGUCAUACAACAGUUUGGACGCUGUGGAGAGUGGUACCCCGCCAGACAGUGAGCCCUCGAGCCUAGGACCCGAAACUGAUGCCAUGUUCUCAUCCAGUGCAUCUUUACUAGACUCCAAGAAUAUGGCGCAUAUGGAAGAAUACAAUUCGUAUCCUAUACUUCCGAUUGAGGAAACUUCCGUAUGUGCUAAAGACGGUGAGCCAUACCAAGCUGCCUUACUGUUUGUUUCGGAAGACCUUUCCCCGAAAUCGCAUGAAUUACCGUUCGAAAACAAAAGCGAGAAGGAUGAACUUAUUCCCUCAGAGCCAAAGAAAAGGCUCUUGAAGCUGCCCAUGAAGACCCCCGCCAAGAAAAAGAAGUCUGUGGCUGAAACGAACGAUGAUUAUUUAAUUCCUGUUACCGCCAAACGGACGAAUCGCUCGGCGGCUCAUAGACUUCAACCAAGUAGCUCGUGCUCCAAAAGACAGCCCAUGGAAACUGAUAUAUUCGCUGUAUCUCAGGGUGAUUAUAAAAGCGACGGGGAGAUAUUCAACAGUGAUGUUGAACCUGAUGUUUUGGACGAGGAGUUUUACUCCUCGGCGGCGAGACUGGCACAGAGUUCUCUAAAUUGGCACUCCCUGUUGACCACUGAUUACACUGGCUUGGAGUUUAAUGAUCUGGUUAAGGAAAAUGAGAGAAAAGUCGCUAAGACUGGAAACCCCAUUGAAGUUGAUGUACAGAUCGAAGAAUUGCCGGUGGAGAUGGAAUCGUCAUUCGACCAGGCUGCUGAAACCAAAAAGCCCACAAAAAAAGCUACGAAGAAAGCUACGAAGAAAUCUGCGAAGAACGCUGUGAAAAUGAGGGCAGAAAAGACAUUGGGAGAGAAGGUUAGUUCGGCAAGCGAUAAUUCAUUAGAACUGUUAGCUCCUAUUGACCCUAACAAAACUGCAGCUGUCAAGCCUACUCGAGACUCCAACAGAGAUAACAUGACUCUAUAUACAUCUACGGAGAGCGAUUCCAGAAAAGCUACGACCAUAGCUACAGCUCACAUUUUGACGCCGAAGGCGGAUGUGCCUGGGAUAUCUCUUGACAUAAAGCCCACCAUGACCCCCUCCCCUGCUGCGUCAAAUCCACGAACCAAAUCCACCCUAACUAAACCCAAGGCUGCGUCUUUGGCGGAUUUGUGCGCUCAAACUAGUGUCAAGCCAUAUAGGGUGGGGCUAUCCAAAAGGCAGAAAGUGGAGCUGCUCCACCAAAAUCUACGAAAAUGAUUAAUGAGUUAGGUUAAUACUUUAUGUAAUAAAUU